UCCGCUUGCUUGUAGUGUGAAAAACAACAGAAAAGAGAAUCUGUUUAUUUCGGUUCGAUUUUCUGAUUGCUCCGCCAAAGCUGAGUGUUCAUUUCUUCCCAAUCAUGAGUUUCUCAAUUAACGGAUCCGUAAAUAUCAGAGAGCACUGAACUUCCUGACUUCAAUAACCCGAAGAUCUCUCGAGGAAAUUGGGAUUUUCAGAGCUGCUGAAAACAAUGGAAGUUAAAGCAAGAGCUCCAGGGAAAAUCAUUCUCUCCGGUGAACACGCAGUGGUGCACGGAUCCACUGCAGUCGCUGCAUCCAUUAAUCUCUACACCUAUGUCACCCUUUCUUUUGCUACUGCUGAGAAUGAUGAUUCACUGAAACUUCAGCUCAAGGAUCUGGCACUAGAAUUUUCAUGGCCAAUUGGUAGAAUCAGAGAGGCAUUAUCUAACUUAGGUGCUCCUUCCUCUUCAACACGCACCUCUUGCUCGAUGGAAUCAAUUAAGACAAUUUCAGCUUUGGUUGAAGAAGAAAAUAUGCCAGAGGCAAAAAUUGCACUCACUUCUGGAGUGUCAGCCUUUUUAUGGUUAUAUACUUCUAUUCAAGGAUUUAAGCCUGCCACCGUAGUUGUCACUUCUGAUCUUCCACUGGGUUCAGGCCUAGGAUCAUCUGCUGCAUUUUGUGUUGCCCUCUCAGCUGCUCUGCUUGCUUUCUCAGACUCUGUAAAUGUGGACACAAAGCACCUAGGGUGGUCAAUAUUUGGAGAGUCUGACCUUGAAUUAUUAAACAAAUGGGCUCUCGAAGGUGAAAAGAUAAUUCAUGGAAAGCCAUCUGGAAUAGACAACACUGUCAGCGCAUAUGGCAACAUGAUCAAGUUCAAGUCUGGUAAUCUGACUCGCAUCAAGUCCAACAUGCCGCUCAAAAUGCUCGUCACUAACACAAGAGUUGGGAGGAACACAAAAGCACUGGUUGCUGGUGUUUCAGAGAGAACCUUACGGCACCCUAAUGCCAUGAGUUUUGUUUUUAAUGCCAUUGAUUCUAUCAGUAAUGAGCUGGCUAACAUCAUUCAGUCACCUGCUCCAGAUGAUGUGUCCAUAACUGAGAAGGAAGAGAAGCUAGAAGAGUUAAUGGAAAUGAAUCAAGGCUUGCUUCAAUGCAUGGGGGUCAGCCAUGCUUCUAUAGAAACUGUUCUUCGGACAACAUUGAAAUACAAGUUAGCUUCCAAGCUGACUGGAGCAGGGGGUGGGGGGUGCGUGCUGACACUGUUACCAACCCUGCUAUCAGGAACAGUUGUUGACAAAGCAAUUGCUGAAUUGGAGUCAUGCGGAUUUCAAUGUUUGAUUGCUGGAAUCGGUGGGAAUGGUGUUGAGUUUUGCUUUGGUGGUUCAUCCUGAUUAUACCAGGGCACCAAUAAAUUAUAAGAUCUUACAUCACUAGUGUCAAUUCUCAAAUAAUAAGAUAACAAGGUAUGGUGUGGUAAAGCUGAUUUAUUCAUCAGACAUCAUCUGUACGUUAUUUUGUUGUUGUUUUUCUUCCUCGUUUUAGUUUGAGUCAUGUUCAAACUUUCUUUGAAGUUUCUGGGGUAUUUAUCUUCAUUCUUUUCAGCAUUUAUGAGGACUACAAUAAUGUGUAGAAAAUCUGGACAUUUGUUGCUAUUACUCUUUCUAUGGGUGUCCUCUUUGAUGUUCUAAUGAGUUCUCCUAAUGAAUCUGGUUUAAGCUUA